GGCUUUGGGCAAAAACUGCUCUUCCUUUCUGGUAGCGUGAACGAGAACUGAAGGCGUAGACUGGAUCCAGAUCAGACACGUCACUGAAGAUCGGCCCUGCUGAACCUUCACCUCCAGCACUGCCAUAAGCAGUAGAUCCAGAGCUCGAGCCGGCACCUUCAGGGGCUGAGGCAUACCCAUAUCCUCCAUGAGCACCACCAUAGCCUCCACUGGAAGCCCCAGCUCCAUACCUAGCAGAGGGGGCAUAAGCACCCCCAAAUCCAGCAGAACCUGCAUAGCCCCCAGCGCUUCCUCCAGCCAUUGCAGGGUUGCUGUAAACAACUCCAGAGCCUCCGUAGCCACCAGCACCAGCACCAGCAUUGGAGGCAACAUAGUUUGGGCUGGCUAGACCUGAGGAGCUGCUGCUCAGACCAGCACUCUCCACUCCUCCUGAACCCCAAGAUGCAGGAUAUGAUGGUGCCAUGUUGCUUGUGCCUGCCAGACCUUGACUGCCUGAUUGUUCAGCUGAAAAGUAGGGGGGAAAGGUCAAUUUAUUCAUUGUAAGAGCAGAGGCAACAGUGUUCAAGUUUAGAAUGAUCUUACCUUUCCAUACAGGGCUGCAGGAGAUGCUUCCAAUCAGCAGACAUGAAAUCCACAGAAUCCUGCAGACACAUUUCCUUUAAGUUUAGAUCACAGGGUCUUAUAUAACAAAAACAACAUAACAUUACAGCAUAUUUAUCUACUUACAUCAUUUUGUUUGGUAAAUGGCUAAAUUCAAGAUCUAUCUGGUCUUCAGUUGCCUCCAAGAAGCUGCAAAUUAAAAGUGCAAACAUUAUUUUCUAUCAAUACAAGGAUAAGCCAGAAAACAAGCAAAAAAACAUUUAAACAUACCUGUCACUGGCGCAAUGUCUUUCAGCAAAGCUUGGCCACCAUGUCUUCAUGAGACUCUGAGCUUCUUUUAAAGGGUCCUCAAGCCCUGGUUAAUUGGUGUUAAUUAGGAACAGCUGUCAGCACUGAUUCUUCUCAAAGGAAGUUUUGGCAUGAACCUCUUUUGACAAGGACCAUCUAACUGAAAUACUCUUGUUUCUGUCUUUGUCAGAGGAUGACAACAGAAUCAAUCUUUUUAUUCCAAUCAGAUUAGUUUUAUGCUCUAAGUUUACAUUUAGUACAUGUAUCUGAAAAAGCAUGGGAAAAAGAAUUUAAAAUCCUACAGGACAAAUUUUAAUUUUCCAAACAGGAUUAGAUAAGAUUAUUAGUUUGAAGAUGCAUCAAGUUUUUCAUGUUGUUGUUCAGGCUGCAUAUUUAUCAACAGGACUAGAUGUGAACAACAGCAGUCACUGUCCUAAAACUAGAUUUUUAUCCUGGAUUUUACUUGGUUUAAGUUUGUUUAUCGGGAAAUUUCCAUCAGACUUCAUUUAUUUCUGAAGUGCACUCUGUUAAAUUGUACAUUUUAUACCUCAAACUUCAUAAUAACAACAUCAUCAUGCAAAAAUAAAGAGGAACAAAUCAUCACCCAUCAUCCAGAGUGCAAAAGCUCCCGUGAGGAGUGUUUAGCCAGUUAUGGAACAGACUAAAAUUAACAAUGCUUUUGAAAGGACUUAUAAAAAGCAAACAAAAACCAUCAACAGCAAGUUGACAGUGUCUUUAUUGUAAUUAUGAAUGCCUGUAACCCCUGUGAGGAAAUGCCAGAACAGAAGAUUGACAGCCUGCAGAAGUAAAUGUCUUUUUAUAAAUAAUUUCCCCCUUGCAAACAUCCUCAGUUAGUUUUAAGUUUGAAUGUUUGAGGAAGACAGAUGACAUGACUCACAAAAGCUCUGCCAAAAUUAACACAAACAGAGAGUUCCUCAUUGGAACUUAAUGAACAGUUUCAUUGAUUAUUUGAAAGUUGCUGGCAACAAAUAAACAAGAAAAUAUGGUUGGCCUUGAAUUUAUUUUCAAAAAGUGUUUAAGUCAAGCAAGUCAGAGAAGAGUUGACAAACUCAGUUCCAUUAAAUUAAAUUGAACUUCAUUCACGCUAUCCAUUAGAAACUUAAAUGUAACAGUUAGUAAAUGUAACACUGCAAAAACAUCACUGAACUGGUUAUCCAUAUUUCAGUUUUUGCAUUUUAUUACUGCUCCAUUGAAAAUAUUCAGGCUAAUUUCAACCAAGCUAUAAAGUUUUAAAAAUUUAUUUUUUGUGCAUUAGGUGGGAGAAAAUUGCAUGUACAAAGCAUUCAAAGGCAUAAAAGCGAUUAAAACAAGGGUCUUUGUUAUAAUAAAAUUGUACUGCAGGCACGUUAUACAUAUAAAAAGAGGUUAUAUCACAUUUAUGGCGCUAUCAGACGUAGCAUGACUUUGCUCUCAAACACAAACGUGACACUGCUCCUCUCUACUGUACUGCGCGCUACCAUUUGUCAAUCAGCCAAUCACAGUCCCUUUGGUUUUAUAAUGCAAGCUGACGCUGGGCCGUCUGUCCAAUCAGCGAUCAGUUUCAGGGAUAAUAACAUCUAACACUCACACGGUGUACUGUCCACGCCCCCUCAGUGUUGGUUUUCGUUUGACAGCGAGUGAAGUUUCUCGGGAGUCUCCUAAACAGUAGCUGUUUUUGCCUGUAAAUCAACGGAUUUUUGGCUUCAUUUCGACCGAUCUUUGCAUUUUUUCUUCUAACGAUGGAAUAAGAGAUCAUCAUGGUGGUAAAUUCUGUGCACUGGUUUCGCAAAGGGCUGCGUUUACACGAUAAUCCGGCGUUGCAGGAGGCCCUGAAUGGAGCGGACACGGUGCGCUGUGUUUAUAUCUUAGACCCGUGGUUUGCUGGCGCCGCAAACGUGGGAAUCAACCGAUGGAGGUAAGGCGUUUUAUCUAAUCCAGUACGCUUCUGGGACGCUUUUAGGAACUGUCUGUCAUAAAAAAAAUAACAUUGAAACGUAUCUCCGGGCUGUUUUUUGUUUUAUUCGUUACCUAAUAAUAUUGCAGCAGUUGGAUUUAAGGCUUGGGCCUCCACUCCACGUCAGAUAGCAGAUGCUAACUGUUAGCGCUAACUAUUAGCCCAAAUAGUGUCAAGCACCACAGACGGACAAUUUAAUAGUACGAUUUGUGUCUGGAAAUGAUGUGUAGCUUUAAAGGAAGACCAUGUUACUUUUCAUGCUCAACCAGUUGCACGCUCUUGUGUUAUGCAAGAAAGCUAACUUCUGGAUGUUAGCUUCUGUGCUGGAUAUAUAAGUGCGACGGCUAAAGCUACAGAGAGAAAUACAAACGCCAUGUUGAUGUUGACCAUCGCUUAUCUCUUUCUUCUGAGUAUGUAGUCUAAUAAAUGUCGUCAAGAGUCAUGGUAGUAACAGCUAAGUGUGAAAACUGCCUUUUAUGUAAGCAGUCGGUUGAUUCUGAAUUAUAUAAAACUGAAUGGCGCAGAAGUGGACAUGGGGGCUGUAAUGCUAUAGAGGCUCUGAGGCUCAGAUUUCAUAAUAAAAAAAAUGUCUUUUGACAUAAAGGGUCACAUCUAAACGUAAAAGCUGGUGUGCAAGUAGUUCCUGAAUAAAUACGAUAACUAACGUCGUUGUGAGCUGAUAUAUGGUGCGUGCCUAAUAUAUAUGGAAGAUGGAAUGAUGUUAUUGAGCUGUUUAACAGUUAUUCUAGUAAACUUGAAGUACCCUUGACACUUCCAAUUUUAUGUGCUGUUUAAAUAACAUACUCAUUACAAUAACAGAAUAUUGGUGACAUUGCAAGUUAGUUGUCAUUUUUGGUGUAAUGUGUUAGCUGACAGAAAGGAUUUUAAGUCGUACAUUGAUUGAUUGAAGUUUGUUUUGAAUAUAUAUUAAAAAAAUAACAAUAAAAAAAGUAAAGAAUACGACAACAAAUGACAAAAAGUUAUUCAAGUAAAAAAAGGAAUGGGAAGAAGACGAGACUUAUCUAGUCCCACCCCUUUUCCUACACUAAUGGUUUAAAUAUAUAGCAUAAUAUUAUAUAAUAAUAUUAAUCAUCAUAGUAAUAAUAGCAAUAAAAAUAAUCCCCAUAAUGAAAACAACAAAACAAUGAUGAUAAUGAUAAUAGUUACUAUGGAUAUACGUUUCUGUAUCCUGUGAAAACAUAUUCUUUAUAUUUUGUGUGAAACUGUUUUAAGUUUGGACAUUGUUUUAACUCCUCACCCAUACCAUUCCACAGUCUCACCCCACAGAAUGAAAUGCAAAAUGUUUUCUGCUUGUGUGGGUUUUUAUUUAUUUUGAAGUUAUACUCCCCUCUUAAUAAGAGGGCCAUGAGCCAAGAAAUAUAUACACUCUGCUACAAUAGUAAGGUGCUCCGUUGCAUUGGCUUAGCAUUGGCUAUAUCGGCCCUGUCGUCAGAAAGGAGCCUAUCUGCCUAUUUACUGGUAUUAGUGGUCAGUCUAUCAUUUUGUUUUUCAAUUUCACGAUUGUAAUCAAAUAGGCUUGUUUUUAUGACCCACUGUUAGGUUUUUGCACACAGAACAAAAAUGUGAAUAUCUACAUAUGAAAAAGCUGAAAGAUAGUUUCUGUGCUAACAUGUUGCUUUGGCUCCUCCAACAAUGAAUGCAUUGAUAUGUUGUAAAGAAAAAAAACAAAAGUGUUGAAAUAUCUAAAAGAACUUUUUGUAGGCCUGUGUUUAUACUGAAAAAGCAGCAGCAGUGUUGGUAUGCAUUUCAAGAAUUGUCUUAAUCAAGAUAUAAUUGGGGAAAAAGUAUCUACUGUGAAACAUCCAGUGCCAUUCAUGUUACACCACAUAUGUCUUUUAUAAACAGCAUCGAUGUGUGAAGCUGUUUUGUUAGUAUGUUUGGUAAAGAAUAGGAGGUCACCAGACAGAGCGCCAUUUCUCACCCUCUUACUCAUGAUAAUGGUCUUCUCUGAAGGGACUGACUCAAUCAGCAGCACAGUUGAAAGAAGCCCUGUUGAGUUUGUGUUACAUACAUACUUGGUAGGCUGUCAUUUAGAAGAGUAAUCCAGUAUUUUACAGCAGUGAAAAAGUGUUCCCUCCUGUAGUCCAUAGCCAUCUGUAUUAUUUGCUUAUUUGCCUACCAAAACUGAACAUUAUUUCAUUAGAUGGUUGGACACUCAUGUAAAUUUAUAUAACAGCCCUGCACAUUUGUGAUAGAUAGAAUAUGGUCUGUUAUAAAUGAAGCUAAGUAUCAGAAUUUGGAAAAAAACAGAUCUGAGUUAAACACACCCUUUCAAGCAGUCUGUGUUGAAGGCAUAGCAAACAAUCUCAGUCAUUUUGUCAACAAAGUGUAAUAUUGUUAUGUGUGCAACUUCACACUGUCUGUGAGGAAGGACAACUAGUUGAUAUCAGAUUAUAUGCUAUGAGAAAAAUGUGCAUAUGAAUGUUUGCACAUGAAGAAGACACCACUUUUGGUGUUGGGAUUGUUGUGGUUUUGACUUGUAGCUGAGAGGGUCUAAAUCUGUCCCCUUACACAGAAGGGAUUCUCUGUACACAAUUGAUAAUCAAUUAUUUGUACAAGAAUGUAGAUAACAAACCAGCGACAGAUAUUGUCCCACAAACCCAAACUCAUUCUUGUAUCUCAAGUUGCUGACCAGACUGUAAACCAUGAUCCGCAGAUAUCAGCAGCCACAAAAUACAGCCUGAAGCCUGGAAGGCAGAUGUCUGUGAGAUGAUAGGGGUGGAUUUAGACAAUGUUAUUGAGCGCCUUCUCCUGUUCAGCUGAAAUUAAUCAGUGUCUUUUUUCACAUGUUCCUCGGGACAAUCUCAUGAAAGACACCCUCGUACAGAAGUCUCUGUCCUUACUGGGGCCCUAAUGGAUCAGUGUGCACAUAAAUAUUUUCAGAAAUCUCAAUUUUAGAGCAAACAAUUGAUUCUGUUGUCAGUGAUUGACAGAAAUCAAUCAGAUGUUCAAUCUAUAAAUAGACAUAGCAUACGAAAAGCUGUAAAUCAUGACCAUAGCUGUUUUAUUCAGCUGAUGAAGACCUUCAUAAUGUUUGUAGAUAUAAAUCAACAAAAGCUAUGCCACUAUUUAAUUUUUUUGCCAUGUAAAUGCAUUGUAAAAUUUCAGUCAGUAAAAUAGAGUUGCUGAGUUUUUUAAGGUAUUUUUGGUUUCUUAGUUUCAUUGAAAGUAACGGUAAAGAAACAGAGUUGCAGGAAGCUCAUAAGGAGCUGCGCACAGUGCAACAGGUACUACAGUUGAGUGAACCAUCCACCCCCAUUUACUCUGCUCUUUCUCCAUUGCACUUGUCUAUUUAUUAUUCAGUUUGAUUAAAAAGCAUCCAGUGUGAGUGGUUGCACAGAAAUAACUGCACUCUAUUAUCACUGUGCUAAUGGGUGUGUGUCUGUGUGCAGGUUUCUGCUGGAGGCUCUGGAGGACUUGGAUAACAGUCUGAAGAAACUCAACUCCAGAUUAUUUGUCGUCCGAGGACAACCUACCGAUGUUUUUCCAAGGCUUUUAAAGGUUUGUACUCCUACCCAUCACCUGUUUCUUCGUGUAAAGGAUUGUAACACGCACACUCAAAGCCAAACACCAAAGGUUUAAGAGCUAGUGCACAAAAAAGAAACAUGGGAAAAAAGAUAUCUGCUGGGUGUAGAUGGGAAAAUGUUCACCGCUCUGUGAAAGGCUGGAUGAGGAAAUAGUUCAAUUUUAAAAUUAUUUUCCUGAACAUAAAAUUGCAAAGAAUUGUGGCGUUUAUCAUCUACAGUACAUACUAUCAUCAGAACAUUCAGAGGCUCUGAAGAAAUCUCUAUACAGAAGGGACCAGGCCCCUAAAUCAAUACUUGAUGGUUGUGAAACUCAUCUUUCUGCAAAACUGACAUACCUGUGGGUACAAAUUAGUAACUUACACCUCAUCUAAGGACCCUCAGACAGCUUUUCAUUAAAACUGGACAUGACUCUGGAGUGGAAAUUACUGCAUGGCCUCAAAAUCGCAUCUAAAAACCACUGUGAACGACAGACAAUCAUAUCUGGAUGGUAUAAAGAGGUUUUGGAGCUACAUAUACUGCCAUCCAGACAAUGCCUCAUUCAGGGAAGACCUUGCAUAAUAUAGCAAGAAGAUGCCAAACUACAUUUUGAGAACAGCAGCAUGGCUCAGUAGUAGAUGAGUCCAAUCUGGCCUUCCUGCAAUGCUUGACUUGUCACCUCCUAAACUAAUGUAAUGCACCAUUUUACAAAACAAACAAACCUACAAAUAAGGACAAAAAUCCAUUCUGUCCACCCCUCACCCACUGAUCAUCAAACAGCCAUGUGCACCCUGUUAACAUUUUGCCCCACAUGAACCAAAUAACCAUCUAACACAUGACUGAAGGGGUUUAAGAUUGUUGACCCCUCUUCUGCAGCUUUUUCUCUAGUAGGAAUGUUGGGCCUUUAUCCCUCCUCUCUAUCAUGGGUAAAGUGAACAAAAGCAAAAUGAGGUCAUUGUCAGACCACCUUUUAACAGGCAGCUGAGUUAGCCGCAGAGCACAUGCUGUGUGUAUGGGCAGGGCUGUGGCAUAUUCAGUUUGUACAGCACUCUUACAGUUAGUGUGAACAACAAGGACUUUUUUAGCUCUUCUCUGUCCAAUAUGUGUUGUACAUAAUACAAGAUGGCAAUGUGUUGCAUAUUAUCAAUUUGUCUUCAUGUUGUGUAAAAUCAAACACAAGGGAAGCAUUAUGUCAUUUUGUCUAAUCCAGUGUAAAGAAAAUAGCAGCUGAGUGUAUAACAAGCCUUCUAUGGGGGUACCUUAGGAACUCCACUAACACAAAAAACCAUCCCCUGUGCUGUGGAGAAUCAUUCACUGGCAAACAAAGUGACUAGGUUUACAGCAGGUUUUAUAAUCCUUCACCCUCCCCUACCAUCCACUCACCCUUUCCUCCUCUAAACCCCCAAAAGAAUCUGUGAAGAAGCCGUUUGUCAGCUGCUUCAGAGAUCAAAGAUCUCCAGGCCAGAAAUUACCCCUCCCUUCUGCCCCAGGCCUUAAAGGGAUAUUCUGUCUUAAAAUUAAGUUAGGGUCAAACACAGUGUAACACUGAGUGAGACCCCCCCUCAAGAGAUAAAUGUUGCAGACUGCUUACUUCUUUAGUUAUACCAACUUUAAUAACGACCACAUGAUAGCAAUACACAGCGGUCUACGUCUUCAAAAUGCCACUCUAUGGUCACAAAUAAUUCUCAGAACAGCACCUAACUUCAUCAACAGUACAUAUAGGGUCCCAGCCAUAGCACUAGCCACCAAACAUCUAUUUAGCUUUGCCUGAUUUCUUUAGCAAUGAGACAAAACAUAACUCACCCACUCUCUUCCAGCAGCCGCUUGGCUGUGGGGGAGCCCACAGAGUGCAGCAGAGUUUCACAGCUCAAGGAAGAACAUUUAAGAUCAUUACUACAUCAAAAUGCAAUCAGACGGAAGAAGUACCGUAUCUGCAGUGCAAAAUGAUUAAUAUGAUGAUUAUUACUUCAUGGAAAUGAUCCCCUGCACUCAGUGAUCGACUCGUCAGGGCUGGAAGAGAGUAGGUGAGUUGUGUUUGGUUUCUUUGCUAAAGAAAUCAGGCAAAGCUAAAAAGAUGUUAGGUGGCUAGUACCAUGGCAGGGACCCUAUAUGUACUGUUGAUGAAGUUAGGUGCUGUUCUGAGCAUUAUUUGUGGUUAUAGAGGGGCUUUUUGGAGACGUAGACCGCUGUGUAUUGCUAUCACUGGUACCGUUACCAAAGCUGGUAUAACUAAAGAAGCAACAUUCAUCUCUCAAGGGGGUGUCUAACUCAUUGUUACUGUAUCUUCGACCAUAACUUAAAUUUACGCCGGAAUAUCCCUUUUUUAAGGUGCAUUUCCACCAAGGGGCGCUGUUUUCUUUACUACAGUUUGUUGCAGAAAAAUCUUGCUUCUGUUUCCAUAUCAGACUCUUGAAAAAAAAAAGAGGCAAGGAGGGAAAUAAUUCAGUUAAAUCUCUUCGUCCAUCUACUUAUUUUUUCUCAUGGUUGUUUUGUCAGAUCAGAAUGCUUGGUACCCCAACAGCAGGGUACCCACUAACCCAACUUAAGACGAUAAAAAUGCAAAUAAAUGCUCUGACGGUACAGCACCAAAUCAGACUUCAUGGUUGAAACACACCCUUACAUGAUGCUACUUGGCAACAGCCCCCUAAUAAGCUUUUCUAUCACUACAUCUGUUCUUGCCCAUUGAAGUCAGUGGCCCUAAUGUUGGUGUCCCAGGUGUGAUUUCACUCUCCGUUAUGGUAUUGGGAUGGUACAAGAAGCAUUCCUUGUAAACACACAGUGCUGUCCUGUCCUGCUGACACAGCUGUUAACAUCUCCACAAUCUUCCCACAAUGCUAUCUCUGCCAUACUUUCAAGAGAGGGUCAACUUUGCCCCACCAGUACACCUCUAUAUGUUACUUAUCGCAGAUGGGGUGUUACACGGUUCCUAACAUCCUGCUUUGAAAUAGAAGUUUGCAACAGCCCUUUGCUUAAAAAAACAUCUGGUACCCAUCUUCAAGGUGUGAAUGUUCUGCUUCUGUCUGGCCUCAGUCUGUUUCUCCCCAUGGAAAUUAUGAGCGUCAAGCACCUUCUUGUCUUGACUUGUUUGCUUAGGUAUUUUUAGGCACCAAUUUGUCGUGAAAUUAUCUUGGUAAUUUAAAGGAAAACUCAUUUCAUGAUCUAACUGAUAAGUGUCUGCAGGAGAAAUGCGUAGCAAUGCAUCAUUUUUCAUGAUUUAGUUUCGGUGCCCAGGCUGGAUCUGAUAACAAACAGGACAGGAAUAAAGUACUGUGAGUUUUCAGGAUUCCCUCUGCUAAGGAUUUACAAAGGUCUAGUGUCAGGAAACAGGCCCUAAAAUCACUGCAGCUCUCUCACACUUUGGACCCAACCUGUUCCAACUUCUCCCACCAGCAGGUACAACAAAUCAUUGAUAACUUUAACAACCAGAUUACAAAUUUGAGUUGCAAGUAUCGGUGUAUAUAAAGUAUUAAAUUCUCUCAUUUGUUCAGUUAUAAAGCAAAACAGCUGCCUAAAGGAUUUUUUUUUUUUAAAACAACAUCUUAUUUAUGCAUGCACAGCUCUUGCUUUUUAACUCUUUGCUUCCUGUUUCAGGCUUGUAUAUAUUUUUUUAACCUUUUCAAGGCCCCUUCUGUCUGCAGGUAUCCAUGACAACAGUAACAAUGAUGCUAGAAUGACAUAAACGCACGCACGUUUAUUUGACAUUUUCUCGCUGCAAAAGGAAAUGAAACAUGAUGACGUCGGCUUUCAUGUUGUUUGUGGUUUAGUUCAUGUAACUCGCAUAACUGUAUUUACUUUAAAGUGUCAUAGUUUGCAGGUUGAGUUGUUUUAAAGCAGAAGCUGACAGUGUUAACAUUUAUGAGGAGAUUUCCUGAUGGGAUUUAGUUACAGGCAGGGAGGAGCUAUGAGGCACUCACCAUGUCCAUACAACGGCCUUUUAUAUAACACACCUCCAGUUUUCUAAGGAAAUUCAAUAGUCUGCAGCUUUUCAUUGGAACCAGACAAAGAACAUGAUCAUUUUAGUCAGCAGGUUUGAUGAGAUUUACCUGACUAUUACCCCAAAUCUUGAUUUAGGAAAUACAAAUUAGAGUAGUGAUGAUGAUGAUGACAUUAUCUGAGCAGUCUCCCUAGUGGACAUCACCACAUCACCAUCACCGUGAGGAGGAAUUCUCAAUAAGGAAAAAAAAAAAACAAGUUUUUGCAGAAAUAUUCAGUUCAACCAUUUUCGGAUCGACCUUUUUGUCUGAAUAUGUUCCCACAAACAUGGACUGGUUUAUUUGACUCUUUACAGGGAUUAGUAGGUUUUGACUGCUUUAAAAUCCACCAGGAGUAUUCAGAUGCAGACCAAAGCACUCUUCAUCUGUGAUAGUCGGUUAGUGAUAGUCUGAGCUGUUGACCCUCAUUUUGUCAGAUUGAGACUUUGUCAGGUAUGUUGUUGUUUUUCAUUUGAGUCAUAGUACAGGAAGCAACAUAAGAGCUCUAACUUUGCAGAUGGUGAACUUUGACAAAUGUAGUCUUAUUUUGAACUUCACUGAGGAAGUAGACCAACCACGGGUUACUUGUCUUAUGAUAAGAUGGUGAUGAUGUACUACGACAAACAUAGUCCUGCUCGAUGAACUGCUCCUUCUAUUUUGCACAAGUUCUUCGAUCUUUAUUUGUUUUUUACCCGGUGUGUGUGAAUGUGUGUGUUGCGUGUACUGCUGCUGUCAACAAUUAUAAUUUCCCCACUGAGAGAUGAAUAAACUAAUAUCUAAUCUAAUCUAAUCUAAUCUAAUCUAAUUUUGUUUUCUGUCCCUCACUGCAGGAGUGGAAAGUGACCAGGCUGACGUUUGAAUACGACCCGGAGCCUUAUGGGAAGGAGAGGGAUGGGGCCAUCAUCAAGAUGGCGCAAGAGUUUGGAGUGGAGACCGUUGUCAGAAAUUCACACACCCUCUACAACCUAGACAGGUGUGUAACAAGCACUGACACACACACACACUAAAAAGUCUUUAUUAUUCUGGCAUAGGAAUAGUAGUAGAAGUAUAUUUAUAUUUAUUCUAAAGUGUUACUGUCUAUAGUUUCUUAUUGCUCAGUGGAGGGCAUGUGCUGCAAAAGAGGCUUUAAAAACAACUUGUUGGCAUUUUGUUGUGUUUGUCGUCGUACGGUUUUGGGAAUGCUGUCUCUACAGAAAAAAUGACAAUAAUGUGUCUCGACCUGUACACCAGUCACUCAUUUGAGCUGACACUUUUCCUAACAUUGUAAAACAAAUAAAUAAAUUAGUGGUACUUAAUCUCUGUCAGAGAAGCCCUGCAGUAGACUAAACCAAACAGGUCAACUUUAUGAAAAUCACUCAAAGGCCAUCGAAGGCUGUCAAAAUCCUUGUCUGUUUAUUUUGAGUUUAAAGAAUGAAUCGCACGAAUGAAUGGCCUUGGCAGCCAAAGCUCAAGCUUCUGUGUUGUGUUCCCUCUGUUUGUCUUUCCUCGAUAACACGGCAUGUGGAAAAAUAGUUGGUCUAAAUGUGCAUGUGGCAGAGCACGGUCAUAAUCUCGCUAUAAAAGAUUGUUGUUGUGUGAUGAAAACAACACUGAAGUAAGCAUCAAGCUCCUGUGAGGAAUUUUGGGUUUGUGAAAACUUAAGCCUUCUGUGGGCAAAACAGUCUUUGUACUUCCUUGAGUAGAACAGCAAGCUGAAAAUCCUCAUCCUGAUGACUUGUGAUGGUUGAAGAAAUCACUUGUUGUGAAUUUAUCUGGUGUAAAUAAAAAAAAAAAAACCUAUUUUCUGUAGCUGCUUAGAGAAGCCUACCCUCUUGCACUGAAUUGAGACAUGAAAACUGACAGUAUAAAACAGUCAGUUUUGUCACCUAAUAGACUUUUUUUUUUUUUUUUAACCUUUUAGAGGCAUUGUACUUCUGCACUGUGCUCAAUGAAAUAAGCAAAUCAAAAUAAUUUUAAAAACAUUUACUGUAAAUUUGAUAUAUUUUGUGUUAUUCAGAAUAAUUUGAUGGCAAAAUAUGUCCAAUUUAUUAAAAACUGCCGUACAUGUUCAAUACUUCCAUCAAUGGCAGAUUUGUAACCUGUGAAAAAACUUUGGAUCGAUUUGUAGUCGAUGCAGAGAAUUUAAAAAAGCUUCAAAAAUAACAUGACAGGCCCAGAAAUAAAUGCUGGACCAAUAAAUGUGCAAGGUUUCAUGAGAACAGGAACAGCUGUCAGUUUGUGAGUUUUUCUGUCAUUUCUAAAAGUCAUCUAUAAUCCGCCUCAAACAAGAAGCUGUUAUAAAACCUGAAUGCCUUCAUAGAAGAUCUGGCACAGCAGAGCCCUCUGGUGGUCGUGUCAUGUUACUGCGGGUCACACCCCUGUCCAUGUGCUGGAAUAGGCAGGCGAAAUGAGUAAGAGUGGAAGGAGUGCCAGAGGACUUUCCCUGUAUACAGCCCUCAGUGUACUGCCUUCUAUACAGAGGGCACUCUGACUGACACAGCAUUACGGCACCACAUUACACAAACAGGCUCGCAAUAUUCCAAUAUAUUAUGUAAGAAUACUGAAUGAGUGGACGAGACAGCAGAGGGGAGCUUAGCUGUGUGUGUGCAUGCUCUGCUGCAGGGUUUAUAUUGGUGGUGGUGAACAUGUGCUCAGCUUACCAUGCUAAGACAUAGUUGCCGCAGUCAGUUGACCAAUGGGAUACUUUGCUUUUUGCAAAUCCACCAACCAAAGAACCAGAGCAGCCUCCCAGAUACAGACAAGUUGUAUAAGAUAAAAACUAUAAAUACAGAGCUGCGCUGUCACCUGCACCGUCUAAUAAGGAGCAGUGCAGGUUGAAAUGUGUUUCUUUAAAAAUGGUUUGCUAUCAGUUUGGAGGUAUUUCACAUGUUUAAGCAGGUUCAGCUGGAGUAGGUUUGCGGAUAUAAGCCUGACUGUUUACUCUGCAGUCUUACCUUUUUAUCUUAGCUGGUAAUCUUUAGAUAUUGAGGGAAAGUAUUGAUGUUAAUCCUGAGUUCUUGCUAAUGAUCUCAGGACCCUUUUACGUGUGAGUCAAAGUCAUUUGCUGUGCUUGCAGGGCUGAAGGGGCUUUGUGGUGGACUUUGAAAAUACUAAAAUCAAUAACCCAAAUUCAUGAAUGAAAGCAAAACCCAAGAGGAGGACAUAAUGAGCAGAUGAUAAUCUUCCUGUUUGAAGUAACACAAAGUUUUUUGUUGCAAGUUCUAUUUCUUCAGUUGUGUUACCCUCAAAAACUCUCAUCCAUUUUUGGUUUUCUAUUUGAAAAUUAACACUUUUGCAUGAAGAAUAACUUGUACACCCGGCCUUUGAAGGGGAUAGGUUUUUAUUUAGUAGUGAGGUUGUAUGAGGUCCUUGUCGAUACUAAGUGGAUCACCCACAGGGGAUCUUGAUCAGCUUGGCUCCUUUGUUGAGAACCUGCCAGAGGAGCAGCAUGGGAGCCAAGCUAUCAACCACUACAGACGGGAUCAACCCGACCACAUGAUUCAGCUCAUUUAAAGGAACUCCAACCCAAACAGAUUACAAACCCAAUUCUUUAAAAGUUGGGACAUUAUAUAAAAUGUUCCUCGAAACAGAUUCUGAUGGUUUGCAAACUAUUCAAGGCCUUUAUUUGUUCUAAAUUGGUACAAAGACAACAUAUGACAUGUUUUAAAAUGAUUGAUUUAUUUAUUUUUGCAGUGCACUUACCAGCUGUUUAGGAGUCUGGUGUCUGAGGCCACUUAGAGACAGAAUCUAGAUGAUUAGCGAACAUCAAACCACAGCUGUACCGUCAUGUUUAUGAUGUUUUCGUUUUUCAAAGACGUUCUUCACAAUAGGCUGCUGUGUGUAACAUAAAAGUGUUGGCUUGGUUCAAGUUUACGAUAUAAACAGGGCAGCUGAGGAGCUUAUCAAACAGACACUGUUCUUUACACUGCCUGUUUUAUGGCAGAUGAUUUUCUAAGAAGCUCUUUGACCUUGUUUUUCUAAACAAGUUGUGCUCUUGUUCGUUUUUUAUGUCUUGACUGACUAAGUAGUCACUGCUGGUUGCAUGCAUAUCAUUACCUUUUAAAUGUCUCACCCCUGUCCCACACAUCCUGUCGUCUAAUCUUAAACAGCCAUCAGAUCUAGAUUGACAGAUUUUGCUGCUUGCUUAAAGGUGGGAGAUGCUCUUCCCUUAUUCCACCUUUUUGUGUCUUUGACAGAGAGCAGAGGUGGAAGGAAGCAGCCACAUUUUCAAGGUUACAUAAAAGGCAUCUGACAGAGCACUGUAGAUUAAUAAAAAUGUCCUGUUAAAAAAUAAGAGAGGUCGGGUAAAGAGCAGCACUUUGAGAGAAGGACAGUCAUCUCUAAAUCAAUCCACCAAAUGGUUUUAGAGCCCUUUUUAAUCUAAAGCACUAAUGACAACCUCAGGAAAGACAUGAGAUCAAAAAUGUAGUCAGGAUUCAUCCUCUGGUGACCACGAAUUUCCAUCUCCAUCAGACAAACACAUUAAGUGUUGUUAAAAAGACAGGUAAUUGAAGUUUAGCGCAUAUAUAUAUAUAUAUAUAUAUAUAUAUAUAUAUAUAUAUAUACUGCAUCCAUGUUUGUGUUUACUGUUGUUCAUGAUCCAUGCUGAUGCUGAUUCUCUCUUUUCUUUCUUGAUCACAGGAUAAUAGAGAUGAACAACAACAGUCCUCCUCUGACCUUUAAGCGCUUUCAGACCAUAGUGAGCAGACUGGAGUUGCCCAGGAGACCUUUGCCUCCCAUCAACCAGCAGCAGAUGGACAAAUGUAGUACGAAGAUAGCUGACAACCAUGACCAGCUAUAUAGUAUACCUUCACUGGAAGAACUAGGUAACGUGACUUUUUUGGUUUUUAGACUUUUUUUUUUUAAUCCAACAUUUCUAAAACUCCUAAAAGUAAUAGGAAGUGCAGCAUCUUUUUUUUUCGUUUUGUUGUUCAGAUUUAGUGAGUGACAUCGAAGAGCAGAUGUGGUUAGAUUCAUGAGCUACAGUCUGAUUUUACUCGUAUUUCAACACUACUGCAUGUAACAAGUGUCUCGCAAAGAACCCAAAACACCAAAUCCAGGACUAAAAAUCUGUCACUUUUAAGUGGAUGUCCCUUGAUCUUUAUGUAGCUUAAUGCAGCUGCCGCCACCUGAAGGGAUAUACUUGACAAUUCAAAAAAAGUGUCAACAAUAAUAGUUCUGCAGUUCAAAGACUCUAAAUGUACACUUAAACAGGUGAUAAGGCCACUUCAGGUGGGAAAUGCUGCUGUUUAUUUGACCUUGUCUCUGUGUGACUGUGUGUGCAGGUUUCAGGACGGAGGGUUUAGCUCCUGCUGUCUGGCAUGGAGGAGAGUCAGAGGCCUUAGACAGACUCAACAAGCAUCUGGAUAAAAAGGUAAGAUGAUUGUAACUUAUUUCUGGUUUGAGCAACGAUAAUGAAAGUUAUUAUCGCUCCUUAAAGUUUUGUGGCUGUCUCAAUUUCCUGUGUCACUCUGUUGCUUUAAGUUUUUAUGCUAUUCGUUGUUUGUUUGUUUUUUUAUGUGUAAGUAUUACUGAUGAGAGAGAGAGAGAGUGUAUUUGCACAGUACAGUGCUGUGUUUUUGGAUAACAACAGCUUACAUGUAGCGUGUAAGGCUAUGCUGAGUUUUUGUCAACAGAGAACAGAUGUUUAAAUUAAGAAAGUGAAAUCAUUCAACCCAAGGACUGUCAGUUCACUGCUAUUAAUAACAAAAGCAGUAAUUUUUUCAAUGUCUCUCAGAUAAUCACCAAUUCCCUCUCUGUGUGUGUGUGUGUGUAGGUAUGGGUGGCCAACUUAGAGCACCCACAGGGGAAGAUGUGCUCACUUUACGCCAGUCCUACCGGCCUCAGCCCUUACCUGCGCUUCGGCUGCCUGUCCUGCAGAGUUCUGUACUACAACCUCAGGGAGCUCUACAUGAAGGUACUGCUCUAGCUAGUCUCACUGUAAAUCCCACAAACAGUCAUUUUUAACGUUAUGAAUCACAGCGCUCCUCUCUUUCUCUGCCCUACUUUUCCAUCAGCUGCGGAAGCGCUGCAGUCCUCCCCUGUCGCUGUUCGGCCAAUUGUUAUGGAGAGAGUUCUUCUACACGGCUGCCACCAACAACCCCAACUUUGACCGCAUGGAGGGAAACCCAAUAUGUGUACAGGUGAGACAAAAGGCCAAUCAAUACUCCGUGUCCUAGUAUAAUAACCAUAAAAACUUGUUUUACCUGAUCUUCUAAUCCUCUGUGUUUUCCCUGUCACACAUAGAUCCCAUGGGACCAGAACCCAGAGGCGCUUGCCAAGUGGGCUGAGGGCCGAACUGGUUUCCCCUGGAUUGACGCUAUAAUGACCCAGCUGAGGCAGGAGGGCUGGAUCCACCAUCUGGCCCGACACUCCGUGGCCUGUUUCCUCACCAGGGGGGACCUGUGGAUCAGCUGGGAGAGCGGCAUGAAGGUUCAUUCAUCAGUUUCUCAAGUUUUCUUUGCUCCACUUUGACCGAGCCAACUACGUCUCUUGGCAUUUCAACUGUCCAGUGCACUGAUGGCGGUCAUUUUGUGUUUUUCUGUGGGUUUGUGCAGGUGUUUGAGGAGCUGCUGCUGGAUGCAGACUGGAGUGUAAACGCUGGCAGCUGGAUGUGGCUGUCGUGCAGUGCCUUCUUCCAGCAGUUCUUCCACUGCUACUGUCCGGUUGGUUUUGGAAGGAGAACAGAUCCAUCAGGAGACUACAUCAGGUAGACUUUAUACUGGAACUCCCACCACACUACAUUAGUUCUUGUAGAAUAAGAAUAAGAAGAACUUUAUUUAUCCCCAAAGGGAAAUUCAAUAGUUCAAAAUUCAUAAAGUCAAUAUUUGCAAGAUAAAGGAUGUGUCCUCAAUGUCUACUCUGACUGUGUGAGUCUUCAGGAAAGCAGAUUUGGGUUCUAAAGGUUUGAUCUUAUGUGUAUUUAUCCCUCAGGCGUUACAUCCCCAUCUUGAAGGACUACCCAAACCGGUACAUCUAUGAGCCCUGGAACGCCCCAGAGUCUGUCCAGAAGGCUGCAAACUGUGUGGUGGGAGUGGACUACCCCAAACCUAUGAUCAACCACGCAGAGGGCAGCAGGCUCAACAUUGAGAGAAUGAAACAAGUUUACCAGCAGCUGUCACAUUACAGAGGACUCAGUAAGUCUACAACACCUCAACAUAGUUACUCACGUUUUAAUGGGGCACAGGAAACACGGGUCAUCUGAAGUUUGACCUAACGACAGACUCUUGGAUAAAUAAAAAUCUAACAGGGCCUGAACACGCCCUGCAGGACAGGAAAGUCACUGUAAAUGAUUGUAGGAGCACACAGUCGUAGGGUCGUGAACCUUUAUUUAAGGUUUCAGAUGAUAUCUUGAUUAUAUCAUCUCUAACUGGAUCAUCAGUCUUGUCUUUAGUAAUUAGCCUUAACCUACAACAGUUCUAACCUCGAGGGCUCUGCUGACCCUAAAAACCAUUUCUAAGUUCUGUGUGUCUCUGUUGGAAGUAAACAAGGGUAAAGGCUUAGAGCUUCUAGGCCUAAGGAGAGGAAGUUAAAGAGACAACCGAGACUUUUAUAAAAAAAAUACUCUAAAUAAAAAUUCAUCAACAAAACAGUUGUAUUGCCCAGCCCUACCACUAAGCAAGGUUAGUGGGUGAACUGGGUCUGUUAGACCUAGAGCCAGUUUUCAGUGCUAUGAGUCAGACUCUUCUUUAACUGGGUGAGUAAAGCACACUCAAUCCUUGACCUGAUCUGGUCUAGGUUUUGUUCAGAUUACAGUUUGAAAUGGGCUGUGAAGAGCUGUGAUUUUCAUCGAUGGUGUAUUUUAUUAGUCAUCAGUAUAUGAGGAUUUUUGGCAGCGCGUUGUCAGGAUUUUGAUUACACAGAAUAAAACCGUGCUGUUACAGUGACACAUACUGUAACCUUCUCUUGGCAGAGGGACGUAAAUGUAUUUCAUUUAGUUUAAUUUAAUCCAGUGAUUAAUGCAUUAGUCAUCAAACCCCCUUUAGUCUCCUCCCUCUAUUUUUCCUUGUUUGCUUCAUGUAAAAUCCACUUUGAAUUUCAUCAAAUCAUCUGUACAGUAAAAGAAUAACGGUUAAGCGUCUUUUCUUUUUCAGGUCAUAUAAACUUUAAAAAGGUGUUUCUACACAGAACAAUCAUGUAAACUCAGCAGUUGCUACAAUAUUUAUCCUCCUCAAGGCGUCUCUAACCCAGGCACUCUUGUGCUCUUCAGACGUUUUAAGUAAUUUUAAUCAUACAUUCUGAAUAAAAGAGGAGAAGUCAGAAAGUGGAAAGUCUGUUGAAGUGCUAAAAGCUGAGAUUAAAGAUAAUCUGUUAAAUGUGUUUGUGUCUGUGUGUGUGUCUCUCAGGUCUUCUUGCAUCUGUACCAACGAUUCAAGAGGAGGCGGAGCCUCCAAUGACAGAUGAAUCACAGACCAGCAGUGGUCCUGGUAAGACUAAAACACAGACACAAAACUGUUUGUUUACUAUUUAUUUAUUUUCCAGCCAGAUCUUCAUACUUCAUACGGGAUAUUUCUCUGAUGGGUUUAUCACUGUGUAACAUUCUCCCUCUUUUACAGACUCUCCUCCCAGAGGUCCUGCUGACAAUGAAGCAGCCUGCUGCUCUGCAGCUCCAGAUUCCUCCACCGUCGCCCUACAUGAAGAGCCGGAGGAGGACACAGAGGACCAGACUCACUGCACCUCCUCGGUCUCACACACUCACCCUCCUGCAGCCAUAACAUCUACGUCUAACAGCCACCCUCAAUCCACAGCAACUCCCUCCUCUCCAGCCCAGAGCUCUCUGUCCAGGUCAAAACCCUCCUCCCCUUCCUCUUCAUGUCCCUCCUUAUCCCCAUCCCUCAGUCCAGCAACAACCCCGACUCAGACCCCCUUUUCCCUGGGGCCAAAGCGAAAAGGCCUCGCCCGUAAAGUCAGGCGCAGCCAGAGGCAACGAGGACGGCAGAGCAGCACGUCAGCAGCCAGGGAGGGUGAGAGGAGGUCAGAGGAGGAGAGGAUGGAGGAGGACGUAGAGCAGGAGGAGGAGAGAAUGGAGGAGGAGACUUGUGGAGAGACAGCAGGACAUCAGCAGUGAUAAAAGGUAUAACAUACAGUAACUUUGUUUACAGUCUAGCAAACUGUAAAAAUGUGGUCAGCAUUCUCAAGCAUCUUUUUGUUCAAAACAAAAAUUUUGAUGGACUUUUUGCCACGUAGUCUGUUGAAGGGGAUUAUUUGGUGCUCUGAGCUAGAGUUUGCCUAUAUGAUAGCUCACAUGCAACUAAAGCAGCAUGCCAGCUUGGUCUGCAGGUUCCCAGGAUGGCCUCCAUCACCUUUUAUCCAGAUUAGAAAUGUACACAUAUUUGAAAUGUAUUGUGAAGCCAGGUGUUUAUCUCCGGCCAUAAAUGACACUUGACUAUCAGAGAACUUUCCAUUUAAUAAAUAGCUUUCCUGUUUUCUGCAUUUUCAGGUUCAAAGACAUAAUCUUCAAGCAUCCAUCCCCAAACAACUGGACUCACACAGAGAAACAACAGGUCCCUGGAUAUUUAAACAACAUGAAUAUACUGUUCAUGGAAAAAAAAAUAUUAGAACACCCUUGUUUUCUUCAAAUUUUCGUUCAUUUUAAUGCCUGAUACCACAAAAGGUGCAUUACCGAAGAACACAGUGAACGUGACUAAAAAUGCAGCUGAUUCCAUAAUAUUUUAUGUCCCAUUUGGCACGCUCAAGCUUAACGUGUUCCCAGGGUAUAUAAGAGGCCAUUUAAUGUCAUGUGCAGCACUGCACAUGCAAAGGCUUAGAUAGCACAGCUCAGAAGUUGUCAGCUAUAACAUAAUGCUUAAAAUAAAAGAGGUGGGUGAAGCCACAAAGGCAGCCAUCUUGGCAUAAGAGGGAGACAAGUAGCCAAAAAAAAAACUAAAGAUCUCCAAGACAGCUGUUCAUUACACAAAGAAAAAUCAAGCCAAACAAAAAGCAGAGGAAGUCCUGGUUACUCUUUGCUCGGGAUCACAAGAAUUGGACUGUUGAUGAUUGGGCUAAGGUUCUCUUCAGUGAUGAAUUCAAUUUUGAGUCGAUGUACACUCUAGCCAACUCACCGGUUAGGGGGAGGCCUGGAGAAGCCUACAAACCAGACGGUCUUGCCCAUACAGUAAAGUAUGGGGGUGGACCGUUGAUGAUCCGGGGCUGUUUCAGUAUGGGUAGAACAGGGCAAAUGCAAAUGAAGCAGGUCACGUACAGAGCUACUCUUGAAAACGGUCCUCUUCCAUCAGCUGAGAAACUCUGUCCUGGUUUGAAUGACUGGAUUUUCCAACAAGACAAUGCGCCUUGCCACACGGCAAGGUCAAUUAAAGCCUGGAUGGAGAACCAAAACAUUCGAACCAUGCCUUGGCCUGCUCAAUCACCAGAUCUAAAUCCAAUUGAAAACCUGUGGAACAUCAUCAAACUCAAAAUAGAGAUCCACAGGCCCAAAAACAAAGCAGAUUUGUUUGAAAUUUUGCUACAGGAAUGGGCUGCUGUGACAGCAAAACAAUGUCAGAAGAACAACCAUUAAAAAUAAUGGUUAUCAAAUCAAGUACUAACUCCUGUGUGUAUCAUGUGACCAACAAACAGAGGAGAAAACAUGGAAUGACUAAAAGCUUUAGCUAUUGAUGGAAGAACUCCAGUGAUUUUGGUUAUUAUCAAGAAAACCACAGAAAAUAGCUCAAUAUCAGCUCUUAAAUUACACUCUUAUGAGCUACUUUUGUCUUUAUCAUUAUAUUUGUCCAAACAAAUGUACCUUUUAGUUGUACCAGGCAUUACAAUGAACAAGAAAUUGAUUAAACAAGGGUGGUUUAAAAUUUCUUUCCACGACUGUAUAUGAAUAGCAUGCACACAACAAAAGGGGAAGUCAUACAAAAACGUUGUACCCAUUUUCAUCCAGUCACUUGAAACAUGGAAUUACUGUCUGGGAAAGCAUUUUAAUCAGAGUCACUCCUUCAAAACACAGAAUUACUGUAAAUGACUCAAAACUACUCCUCAUGUGGAGAGACAGAGGAGGUCAUUAUCCUUUCAACUAUUAUGGAUAAGAGAUCUUCACUUGUACAGUUCCAUAUGGCUGCUUGAGCACAACAUUGAACCCGUACAACGAACUGUCAGUGGCAGUACCUCUCACCAAUCCUCUUGAAUGUCCUCUCCUUAGAAAUAAGGUAGCGCAGGAGUCUGAAUGUCAGCUGUUGAAACACCGUCCUGUCUCCGCAACAUCUCUCUGUAUGCUCAGCUGCUAAAUGUAGAAAAGAUAACUCUGGGUUAUUUCAUAGAGACGCACAUUCGGACAGUUUGCAGUAAUGAUUGCACACACAAGUUGAGCUUCUAAGAUUGAAUAGGUUUGGAUGGUUCAAAUCCAAGUCCUGAAAAGAAAAACACAGACUACUCUUUGUAUUCGGAGGACAGCUGUAAACCUUCUACAGCUUCAGACAGAUUAACUGACUUCACUUUAAUGUCGAGACUCCCUGCGUUGUUCAAUUGUGUACACUUGUGGCCUGCUUUAGGAGGCAUUCAUUUCUACUCUGGUUAGAAAACUGUUAUGAUGUCUGACUGUAUAAAAAAAAAAAAAAAAAGGAAAAAAAAAAAACCAAGAAGCCACUUUUUGGCGUAAGGGAUGAAGCGGGUAUUUCUGUUCAUGUGGCCCUGAUAACAUGGAACCACAUCCCAAAAAAUACAAAUACACUAAAAAAAUUAUUUAAACUCCACAUUUUAAUAUGUAAAUGAAUGUUUUGGAAAUAUCUGAUAUUUUUGCUAGCAGAAAUGAACAUGUUAAUUAGUGGACAAAAUAACAUUUUUAUAUUCUGCCUCCCCAAGUCGUGAAUUCCCUGUCUGUUUUAGAGGGUCACUUUGAGAGUACAGCAAAUUGCUGGUUGAAUCUGUAAAUUUUCAAAGAAAGGCCAUGGUGAGACCUUCUGUGUGAACAGCUUUAAUAAGAAAACAAAACACACAAGUUUCUUUUCAUUUGCUGGAGUUUUUACUGGCAAUUGUCAAUACCUCUUGUGUAAAAUGAAUGUAGAGGAAUAAAAACUAGUGUUGUUCUCCCCAUAUAUUUAUCAGUUUGUAUAUAAAAUAUGUUAAACAUGUCUGUUUUACUAACUCUGACAUGGGGGGUUUCACAAAGGUGACCUCUUGGUCUGCCUGGAGGUUUACUUCAAGUGUCCACUAGAGGGUGACAGAUGCAGUAGAUUCAGCACAUGGUCAGUGAAUUGUUGGCUGUAAUAAUAUCUAAAACGUCUGAUUUUCUCAUUAAACAAAAACAAAAAAAGGAUUUUAAGUGCUUAAUGUCUUUCAAGGCUAGAUGUAUACAUUGUUCCCCUGUUUAAAUCGGCUGUCAGUACUCCUGAAAAUAUAACAGUACAGUCCCUAUUCAGUCAAAGUUGGGACACUGAAUUAUGUUGAUAAAAGUUUGCAAAUGAUUUAAAACCAAAGUUUAACCUAAAAUAGUAGACAAUCGUGAUUUUGAAAAAGAAAAUUUAACUUCUUUUACUUUUUUCCCAAAAAAAGUUUGCUUAUCUUUAUUUCUUCAAUAGGUUUCAAUAAUGUUCAGACAGGCAACGCUAAAGAAACACCAGAAUUAACUUCCCUCUGAUGCAUUUGCAACAGGUUAAAGACUGAAUGUAAACAAAGGAAUCAGCACAGUGUGCCAAUAUUUUUGGAAUUGGGGUUGUAAUUAGUCUAGAGUCUGGGCCUGAACUUCAGUCUAAAAAUAGAUCAAAAUCGAUUCAACAGGGUAAGGUGACUUCUGUGAGAACCACACAUUAUUUUUCAUUGGGAGAAUUUUCUGAUUGUAUCAGAUGUUCUUUUUUUUUUUUUUCAAGCGACAAUCAGUGUGGCUGUCAUCCUCACUACUUUUUCAACUUUUCCUGACCCCUGUGCAGAAUUAGCAAGCCAUACAGUAGCAGGUGGACUUUGUGAAACCCCCCUGUGCUUCACCUGGAUAACGCAAAGUUUUCCCCUGAAAGGGAUCAAAGAAUGUCAAGAGACAGCACUCGCAGCCUGUGCAGACGAUGUACUGUUGGUGUUUGAGACAGUUGUGCACUGUGAGCCACUUCAAUCCUCAAGAGUAAAAGGACUGAUCAGCUUGCGCAUGCUCUCUCAACUAGCCUAACUGUAGGUAUGAAAAAAGCUCACAGUUCCCACCUAUCCUGAAUGCAACGCCGGCUCUGAUCCUGUGUUUUGCUGCACAUUCCAACGAACAACAGUACAACGCUCUGCAGGACUGGAGGCAUGUCUGAGAAUUGUGGGCUAAAUGGAUAUUUAUUUGUUUUGUAUUGUACAAAAAGAGUUUAUUUUCAUUAAAACCGCUGAAGGAAUUGUGAUCAAAAAGAAA